AUGUACGGCUACGCCCCCAAAAGCCCCCACAUCACAAACAACCCCUUCGUCUCCGAUCCCUCCAAUGCUCAGGGCAGAUAUCCAGACAUUUCAGUGCCAAGUCCCCCGGCGAACGGCCAGUUUACUUCGUGGAUACAACCCGGACAGAAUAAUUACCAGACGCCACAGCUUCAACCUACAUAUCAACCGCAGCAGCAGCCUCUACAGCAGUUCGCCACAGGCUAUGGCCCUAGCUUGCCAGGAGGAGGAUCAGGUUUCCUGAGCCCGAUACAACCACAGCCGACAUCGCAGCCAUUCCAACCGUCGAGCACGUUCGGGAGGCAACUUACAGCUCAGGUCAAUGGGAGCAGUUACGGCUAUUUGAGCGGGCAGCCCACGGGAGUGCCGCAGCAGCAGUACGCACCGGCUCAACAACAGCUGAAUAGUCCAACCUACAUCGCACAAUUUGAUCCAUAUUCUUCGCUGGGACAACUGGAGAACAUAGGGAAGCCUCAGAAUCGGCCUUCUGCUGUUGCGAUUACGUCGCCGCAGCCAUCUCAGGCUGGUCAGAAUACCGGUUCGCAGAUCCUCAGUCCGACAACAACAUCCCCGAUGUCGAUUGGUCCUAACGGACAACUUCAUCCGCGGGAAUAUAUUCGUACGCACAAAGCGGAACUUGAGGCAUGGGAUGCAUAUGCCUGGAAACAGGUCAUCGGGGCGUUCGAGGCUUUGAAAGAUGCUUGGGAGAAGAGGAAGAAAGAAGUGGAGGCACGGGCGAUGCAGCUGCGAAAUCAACUACAGAUUGGUGGUGGUGGGUACUAUAGCGGGGAUCAGAUACAACAAGAGAGCUCUAGGUUACAAGGACUGUACAAGGAAGCGGAUUCAUUGUUCGGCACCGUCGCUGCAUCAACGUUCCAGAUGCAGGAAGCCUACACUGGCUACCAUCAGUCAGGAGACGCAGCUAGCAAGCGGCGCGUCCGAGAAAGUGUGAACUACGCCCUACAAGGGCUUCCGGACUGGCCCUCCCAGUCCUUCUAA